AUAAAAAAUUCAGUUCCUUAUUAGCCCUUCACCAGCUAGCUCUCUUGUCCAUGGCUUCCAUUCCUCAUCAAUUCUACAAUGACCAUUCACUCCCUUCUGAUUUUUACUGGUACCCAAUUCCAGUGGUGAACGGAGAAAAUGGUUGCAGUACUGCAGUUUUAGGUGGAACAGUGUGGAGUGCUAGUACUAAUUGUGAAGAAAGCUUGGUACCGUUUUGUGAUAGUAGCAAUGCUGCGAUUAAUUUUGAUGUGGUAUCACCAGAAUCCGACAUCUCUUCGUCUGUUAUGGCAGCUUCGUUCCAAGAGCUACAAGGAUUUUCGGAAGAUAUUGCUGUCCCUGGUACAUAUUCGGAAUAUGGUAAUAUGGGGUUGCAUGUAAUUGGAGGGACUCCCAAUUUUGGUGGAGAAUUAAACCUUCCUUAUAUCUGUGAGCAGUUCGGGGAGGAUAGUUUUACUGGAUUCAUGUCAUCCGAUUUCAAGCCGUUUAGCUUUGCUGGUCAAGAAAAUUGGGCAAUUAAUCAAGACAAUCAGCAGGUGCCUACAGUUGAAGAUCAGUCCACUAUGAAGGUGGGAAGGUAUUCAGAAGAAGAAAGGAAAGAAAGGAUUGACAGAUAUUUAAAGAAAAGAAACCAAAGGAACUUCAACAAAACUAUUAAGUACGCUUGUCGCAAAACCCUAGCUGAUAGAAGGGUCCGAGUUCGAGGGAGAUUUGCAAGGAACACUGAUCAUCAUGAGGAAAUAGCACAGAAAAAGACUCAGAGCAAUAUACAAACUUGCAAAGAUCAGCGAUCAGAACCGUUCUGUAGUAGUGGUGCCGUCCAGAAAUAUGACGAAGAUGAUUGGCUGCAAGAGGCUGUGGCAAGUCUAAUGUACUUCCCUUAUGUCACUGGUUGACAUGGUGAAACCUAGCAGCUAGCUGCUGUUUCAAUGUUAUAGCUAGUAACAAGCUAAUUUGAAGAGGGGAUUUCGUAUUAAUAGUAGAAUUGUACGAUCUAACUAGCUAAUAUUUGUAAAAUUAAUUGGUCCAUCGAUAUUAAAGCUCAUAAUUUAUCAUUGAGUUCUAGUAUAUA